GUGAUUGGUGAAGCAAAACGCGAUUUUCCACACACACCGUAGUAAACGCGAAAUGCGUAUAGAAAUUUAAUUAAAAAUAAAAUACACUGAUUAACGACUGAACCGUCAGUGUUAGUGAUUGCGUGCGUUAUAUACAAAAUGUCUUCAUUUGUGAAUCACCGAGAGGAUAGCACAGUGACCGUGGAAGAAACUUCAACAAAAGACAAUGUUACAUAUUACAAAAUAACAGUUAAAGUGGGUUCAGUGCGUUGGACCGUGUUGCAUCGGUAUAAUGACUUUGUAGAGCUGCAUGAGAAGUUAGUCUCGGACCAUGGGGUCGCUAAAGAGUUGCUCCCGCCGAAGAAAGUUAUUCGUAACAAAACACCAAAAUUUGUGGAGCAAAGACGCGAAGCUCUAAGCGAAUACUUGAAGAAUGUUUUUAAUUAUUUAAAACUGACGAUGCCGUCCGAGUUCGCUCACUUCCUAGACUUCCAUUUGUAUGAUAUAUUCUUUUUGCUACAAGAUUUAGCAAAGACAUUGUUUUUAGAAGGUGAUAAAAUGUUGGAGUAUGAGAAAUCACAUAAUUUUACUCCUUUAGAGUUGCACGCUAUAAGUGAGCGGUUAAAAAUAGCCUGUCCUAUGACUGAGAAACAAGAUCAAAUGUAUGAUUUCAGUCACAUUUUGGAUUUCUGCUCACAACUAAGGUCUUUAAAUAUAGAGGGCAGUUAUGAGAAAUUGGGUACAAGCAAUAUUGUGCCAAAUGACCUACAUUUUGACUUAAUUCCAUUCAAGUCUCUGUUGGAUUUGAAGAUUCUGGGAGUGCCUAUGGCUUGUAUACAGAGUGUUGGUGGCCUCCGAGACACUCUAGUUAAUUUAUCGGUGUCAACAGCCAGUGUCGUCUCCCUGAACGAGUUCCUGCUCGUUGAUAUCCUCCAUAAAGACCCCUCCAGCAUAGCGGACACUGUUAAAUGGAAGAAAUUAUCCAUAAUAAACUUCGCGAGCAACAACAUCCACAGCGUGGACUGGGCCAUCAAAUUAGUCCCUAGGCUGCAACACCUAAGUCUCAGUUCAAACAAACUAAAAGAACUAUGUGAUAUAUCCUGCCUUCACGACUUGAGAGUCCUUAAUCUAUCCAUGAAUAGUUUCUCCAUCUGCGAGAAUUGGCACGCAAAAAUAGGCAAUAUAGUAAGAAUAGACCUGUCUCAAAAUAGGGUCGAAAGCCUGCAAGGAUUCUCGCGCCUCUAUUCAUUAGAAAGCCUCGAUUUAAGCUGCAAUAUCAUAAUUGACGUUGAAGAAGUCCAGCAUAUAUGUAAGUUACCGUGUUUAGAGUAUCUGUGGUUAACCGCUAACCCAGUAGCGUCAUCUAUUGACUAUAGGGUGAAAGUUCUGGAACAGUUCAACGCUCGUAUGACUGAGAUCUGCUUGGACAACGAAAAGGCGUCUGAAAAAGAAUUGGAUACUGCAAGAGUGUUGCAAGCUUUAAGAGUCGUUAAAGAAGGUAAGACACCAAGUUUUUUACAGAACAAUAAUACUAGCCAUAGCUUUAAUAAAAGUUGACAAGAAAAUUGAACUUAGAUCGUUGAAUUUAGACUUAUUGUUAAAUUUAUCGAUUUAGUUUUUUCUUUUUCGCUAUUGAAAUGUAUAAAAGAUCUUUAUUUUUAGUUGAAUAUAUAAAUUAUUUUUGUUAUUAUAUUUAGGUUUAAAUUGCACUAUUUAGUUGACGUAAUUUAAGUGAAAUCGUGUGCUUUCUUUUAGUUUUUGACGAAAGACCCCUAAGUUUAAAUUGUGAUAAUAAUAUAUUAUUAUUGUAAUACUUCUGUUUCUUCUUGAUAUUAUUUUAUGUGGAAGAACUGGGUUACAUUAUAUUGUUGACAAAAUUGACAUUUAGAAUAAACUUCCCAAGUUGAUGUCCUGUGUUCGAUAUUUAUUUCAAUUAAAUAGUAUAAUAUUACAGUCAUAAAACCAAGGCGUUAUACAUUUCAAAUAAUUAUAAAAAAAAAACAAAACAGAACAGUCCUUAAAUAAAACUAUGACAGGUUUUAAUAUGAUGAUGUCGUUGACUUUUCUAUUUGGUCCUUUAAGUGUUUAGACGCAUAUAUUUUUUAUCCUGUGAUAGGUUGGUUAGACAGCUAAAAGGCCUAAGUUCCAACAUAAAGUCUAAAGUACUUGGAACAUACCUAUAAAAAACCAUUUUGAAUCCAGUCUUUCACCCAAUUUUUUUAAAUAUCUUUGAUAAAACUUGUAUUAUAGAAUUAUCUCGUUUACAAAUGUGAUAUUCGAUAAUUGUAUAACUGAUAUAUUUAAACAAUUAAUGGAAAUGACCAACUAUGUCUAGAUUUGUAGGUUAAGGAUCAGUAGAGAUCAAAAAAUUAUGUAAUAAUUUGCAUUCGAUAGUAAACUUUAUUGUGUACAUGUAAGUUGCAAUUUUGCACUGUAGCCAAUGCACACAGGUAUGAAAAUUAGUGCAAGGGAAUUUAAAUCUUUGUGUAUUAAAUAUAAAGGUGUAAAUGCCGAAUAAGUUUGGAUUAUUUUCAUCUUGUGCGGUUAAUUUGACACUUAUGUUCAAUAGUAAACCCACUCAGCAAUGAAAUGUCACGGGGUAUUAAAAUUAAUGCAGAUAAUAAUGAUGGGUUUAGAGUUUGGGUCAAAAUGACACUUUGGGGGUCCAAAUAACCCGAAUAGGGUAGUUUCCUAAAUUCUAAAUUUUAUUUUAGUCAGUUUGGUACAUCAAUUUAAAAUUUUAGAC